GCUGCAUGUGUCUUCGCGAUGAAAAUGUUCAAAACGGUACAACACAACGAUAACCGUUUUAAGUCGCCGGGAAAAAAAUAAAUAUUGAUAUUGAAAUUUUGAUUAUAUUUGUCAACCGUUUUGUACGCGUUUUCCGCCGCCCAGACCUUAGAAUUGUGCGAGCGAGACGAUGACAGACAGCCUUGUGUGUGCGAAAUAACGGUGCACGGAAUUCAACUAAAAUCGGCCAACAAAUAAUAAUCGCCGUGAUUAUUAGAAUCUAAAACUGCCAACUGCAGCUAAUUAAACAACAAAAAACCGUUCGAUGUGAAGUGCAAAAACACGAAUAAAAAUACAAAUAAAAACAAAAACCGGUUCGCCUCUGCAGCAGCAGAAAUCAAAGCCAAAAAGGAAAGAAACAAAAAUCAAAGACAGCGAAAGAAUUUUUGUUGUUUGGCCGGUGCGUGUGUGUGGGAGUGUGUCUCAGUGUGUGUGUGAGUGAGCAUCUCGAAGAAGGAGAAAAACGCAAAAGUCAGUAGGAAAAAGGCGUACGUAAGGAAAAAGAGAGGAAACAACGUAGUAGGAAUUUCUUAAACCCGUUUCCCAGCAAACAAAAUAAAAGAGGUGAAAAAAUCAAAAAAAUCGUCGGCCGCAAAAAGUGGCACAAGUGAAAAUUCCUGCGUUGUUCGUUUAUUAUUAUUUUUCUGUUGCCGUCUUUUUGACAAUCGCCAAAAGUGAAAAUCAAUUGGCGAGAGCGCGCGCGCAAGGAGCAAAGGGAAGAUAGAGCUCGCCGGAGAGAGAGUGCGAGCCCAAUAUAGAAAUCGUCCUUUUUCGGGGCCCCAAAAUACCCAGCCCAAAAAAAGAGCACGAAAACUGGACGAAAAACUCCCAAAAAUAACAACAGCACACGCUGAUGAACUGUAAAAGUAAACAAAUUGCGCCGAAACUGAACGAAAUUGGGAAAAAUUGCAACCAGAGAAAAAAGCCACCACAUGUCUGGCCCUACAGUUUGAGCUGCACUGGGUUCUAAGCCACUCGAGGGCAAAGGAAAGGGAACCACCAUGCGACAGACUUUACGAAACAUCACCAGCGAAAUGUCCAAACGAAACGGAUUCCAUCAGCAGAAGGCCCAAACCAGCCGACCCAUUAAAUAGAUUGCCAAUAUAAAAAUAAACAAAUUUACGAAUACUUACCAAACUCAGGGAAAUACCCUUUGAAGUGCGAAAAAGGAACGCGAAAAGGAGCGGCAACGAGAACUCCGAGAAGGAGAGGGAGAAGGUUCGUUUUUCCGUGGAGAGAGUGAUAGAAAGCCGCCAAAAUUACGACGUACCACCCACCCACGCCCAAAGUCAAACAGAACCCGGCCAACACGGACGCCAUGUCCGGGCCGGGGGCGUUUGACGAUGAGCCGCCGCCGGAGCCGCGGGACGGAUGGCUACUGGUGCGCAUCCACGUGCCGGAGCUGAAUGUCUACAAGUGUCUGCAGUUCCCAUCGGAGCGGCUCGUCUGGGAUGUCAAACAGCAGGUGCUCGCCUCGCUGCCGAAGGAACUGAAGGAGAGCUUCAACUAUGGCCUGUUUGCCCCACCCGCAAAUGGCAAGGCGGGCAAAUUCCUGGAUGAGGAACGCCGCCUGGGCGAUUAUCCCUUCAACGGACCCGUGGGCUACUUGGAGCUCAAGUACAAAAGACGCGUGUACAAAAUGCUCACCCUGGAUGAACGCCAACUGAAGGCUCUUCACACGCGUGCCAAUCUGCGGCGUUUUCUGGAGUGCAUCAAUGGCGGACAUGUGGAGAAGAUAGCCAAGAUGUGUGCCAAGGGCCUCGAUCCCAAUUUCCACUGCUCGGAGAGCGGUGAUACUCCGCUGACAGUGGCCACGGGAGCCAAGAAGCCGAAUAAGCUGCUCAUCGCUCUGGUCAACGGUGGAGCUUUGCUGGAUUACAGGACCAAGGAUGGAACCACUGCUCUGCAUCGAGCUGUGGAGCACGAUUCCCUGGAGGCGGUCAGUACCCUCCUCGAACUAGGCGCCUCGCCGAACUACCGCGAUGGCCGUGGCAUCACCCCGCUGUACAUUUCCAUUACCAGGAAGUGCGAGGCCAAGAUCACGGAGAGCCUGCUGCACGACCACGCCACGCUGGGCAUCCAGGACAGCCAGGGCUGGAACGAGGUCCACCAGGCCUGUCGGCAUGGCCUGGUCCAGCACCUGGAACACCUGCUGUUCUACGGUGCUGACAUGGACGGCCGCAAUGCGUCCGGCAAUAGUCCGCUGCAUGUGUGCGCUGUUAACAACCAAGAGGCUUGUGCUAGAAUGCUUCUCUUUCGCGGCGCUCAGCGCGGCGCCCAGAACUUUGCCAACCAAACUCCCUACCAGGUGGCUGUCAUAGCCGGCAACUUGGAGCUGGCUGAAAUCAUUGAGAACUACAAAUCUGAGGAUAUUGUUCCCUUUCGCGGACCGCCGCGCUACAAUCCCAAGCGCCGCUCGGGCAUCGGGUGGUUGAGCGCCAACGGAGCCGCCGGCGCAGCUCUGCUGGCAGCGGCUGGAGGUGGCUUCGGUGGUGCGAUGGUUGGCCUGAACGGUUCGAAUGGUUCCAAUGGUCCUGCCAACGGAAACGGGGUUGGCGGUGUUGGUCUGAUGCUCAGCCAUCAGAGCCACCAGCAGCACCACGGCCACCAUCAGCAUCAGCAGCAGCAUCUGCACCACCAGCACCACCACCAGCAGCUGCACCAGCAGCAGCAGCUGCCCCACCUGCACACGCUGCAGCUCCACGGGCCCCCCUCGCCGUGCCCCUCGGAGCACAUGCUGGGGGCCUACAGCUCCGCCAGCUCCAGCCUCUCCGAGGGCUCCUCCGGCCACCGCUCCCACGAGGACGACAUCAGCAUUGUGACAGACAAAUCCCUGGGCGACACCAGCGACAUAAUCAGCGACUCGUCGGGCGUGGGAACCAACUCGGACUCGGCAGCCUGCUCCAUCGGCCAUCCCAGCACCACGGUGGUGUGCAUGGAGCCGUAUGUGGGCAACACCGUGGGCCACAUUCGCCUGCAGCCCGGCGACGUCAUCGAGGUGGUGGGCAGCACCGACUGCGGCCUGCUCGAGGGCUAUGUGCGCGGCACCAACCAGUCCGGCUUCUUUCCGGCCGACUGCGUCCAGGAGGUGAGUCUGCGCCAGAAGCACAUCACCAACGUGAUGACCGCCAGCACGGGCAUGGCUGCUCCCCAGCAGCAGCAGCAGCAGCUCCAGCAUCUGCAGCAGGCGCCGGCCUCCUCCGCCACCGCCUCCUUCCAGGGCUCGCCUCAGCUGAGCCUGGGCGGACACUCCGGCAGUUCCAGCACCCUGCUCCAGCAGCCCCACCACUCGCCCUCGCUCUCGGUGGCCAGCAAUGGAUCCUGCCAGCAGCAGCAGCCGGCCGAAAGCAAUGGCGGCGGAGGAGGAGCACCUGGCAAUGGGUUGAGCAACCGAAACAACAACCACUCGGUGGGUCAGUACAGCAGCGCCACUGCUCCGCGCAUCAAGAAGAGCGCAUACAAUGCGCCACGUUCGGUGGUGCUGCACCGGGCCAAGCGUGGCUUCGGCUUCAUCCUGCGCGGCGCCAAGGCCAGCUCCCAACUGAUGCAGUUGCGCCCCUCGGAACGCUUUCCGGCGCUCCAAUACCUGGACGACGUGGAUCCCGGCGGAGUGGCCGACAUGGCCGGCCUGCGCCCGGGCGACUUCCUGCUGACGAUCAACGGCGAGGACGUGAGCUCCGCCUCGCACGAGCAGGUGGUCGAGAUGAUCCGCUCGGCGGGCGCGCUGGUCAACUUGACGGUGGUCUCGCCCCAGUUUCCCCACCAGAUGCAAGCCAGUGCCCAGUACCUGCCGAGUGGAGCACGCGUGGGCAGCCAGCACCUGAACAGUGGGCCAAGUACGCCGCAGAGUUCGCACCGCCAGUGCGCCACGUUGCCCAGGAAGAUGACGGGUCCGGGCGGAGGCGGGCCAGCCUCCUCCUCGGGGGGCAGUGUGCGCAUGGCACCGAUGCCACCGAGAAGGGAUCCCAAGACCACGUUGAGUGUGGGCAGGGCCAGGGCCAAGUCCAUGGUGGCUGGUCUGGAGAACGGAGGCGAGAAGGAGGACGAAUUGCCGCACACAAAGUCCAACUCGGUGGAGUCGAUUGCCACACCAGCACCGGGUGGCAACCAAACGGGACCCGGAACUCCCGUUCAGCUGCGCACGGCCAGCAUCAAGGCACGGCCCACCUCGAGCAGGAUCACGGCUGCCGAGCUGGAGGAGCUCUUCCAGCGGCAGCAGGGCGAGGGCAGUGCUGCGAGCGCCAGCCGCUAUGCCACCAUGAUGACCAGCUCGCGGUUCCAGUCGGGCACGGACAGUGGAGCGGCCACUCCGCCCGCCGCCAAUGGCUCGCCCAUGAGGAGUGGCCCCCUGGUGUAUGGCAGUGUGGCCGAGAUGAAGCGCAAGACGGCGAGGAGCAAGCAUGGCCCGGGCACUGCCACUGGCACUGGCACCCUGCGUGGCAAGCCCGUGGCCACGCCCACUGUGGGAGCGGGCGUAGCAGGAGGCGGUCGCGACCUCAAGCGGUUCCAUUCCACGCCCGAUUUGCACGGUCCCCAGCUGCACGGCUCUGCCUCUUCAAUUUGGCAGGCGGCCGGAAAGGGUCACCAUUCGCAGGACGAUGUGGCCACGCUGCAUGCCUCUCUGCAACGCUUGAACGCCAACCAGGGAGAACUGAAGCUGGGCGGAGGAGCAGCCGGAGGAGGGGCGGUCCUGCCGCCGCCCAACCACCCACCACCACCACCGCCAGUGGGUCAAGUGGUCAAGGUGGAGACACGCAGCAGUGUGUCGGAGUACGAGAGCACCAUCUCAUUGCAGCAGAAGCUGAAGAAGCGGACGGAGAACGAUGCGGUGACCAGUGCCGCCAUCGAUGGCGUCCAGAGCAGCUUCAACCCGUCGGCCAAUGCCAAGAUCUAUGCCUCGCCGCAGGAGCUGCGCAACGUGAUGGCCUGGAAGUUGCGACAGGCGCAGGAGAAGCCAUCGCAGGAGACAUCCGCUGGCUCCCAGCAACCAGUCAGUCAGUAUGCUGCGCCUACGCAGCUACGUCCACCACAGCAACAGCAGCAGCAGCAACAGCAGCAGCAGCAACAGCAGCAGCAACAGCAACAGCAGCAGCAGCAGCUGCAACAGCAACAGCAGCAACCACAACAGCCGCCCACGGUAUUGGCCUCCCACUAUGCCGCUCCUCAAGUGCAACAGGUGCAGCAGCCGGCACCCCAAUCCCCGCCUGCUCCACCAGUGCCACAGGCAGCACCAGUUCCAGCCCAGAAUGGCAAUGGCAAUGGCAAUGGCAGCACAAGUGGAGCUGGAAAUGCUCCUCCGAUUCCCGAACCAGACUACAGCUGCAGCGAGUCGGAUGGCGAGGAUGAGAACUCCAUUCUGGUGGCACGCAACACCAAACUCAACGAGAAGAUUGCGCUGUUUGAUGUGCCCGAAACAAGCGGCAACAGUCAGGCUAGUGGAAGCAGUUCCAACUCGGGCAGUGCCUCCAUUUCCCAUUCACUCUCCGUGGAGGAGAUCCAGCGCAUUCGCAGCAAUCUCAAGACAUCAAAGUCGUCGCCAAACGGCUUUGCCAAGAAGCCAGAGGAGGAGAAACCACAGGAGCAGCAGCAGCAGCAGCAUCAGCAGCAUCAGCAGCAACAAUCGCAGCAACAUUUGCAGCAACAUUUGCAGCCAGGCGAAGAUGAGUGCGACAACAGCAGCUCCAGUGUGAGCAGCGAGCAGGAGCAGAUGGCAUUGGCCGCAGGAGGGACAUUGCCAGUGGGCGGAAAGCCCACCGAUACCAUCAAGAAGAAGCCGUCUGUGACCAUUGUGGAGGAGCCCAAGACCAUUCCCGAUCAGCCCAGCAGCAACACCAGUCACAGCACCAAACCAAUGGCCAAGACCACAAUCAGCAUAGGCGGCGGAGGGCAUAGUGCAGCGCCCACUCCCACACUGACGGUGAAGCAACUUGUGCAGCAGCAACAUGCACCCGCUAUACAACAGCAGCAGCAGCAACUGGGCAGCAAGCAUCCAGCAGUGACGGUGGCCAACAGCAACAAGUUCUCGCAACAGGGCAACAUCAACAACAGCAAUGUGAUGAGUCCCCAGGUCUUGGGGCGCAUUCCCAACGUGCAUCAUCAUCAGCAGCAACAGAUGCAGCAGCACCAGCAGCAGUCGAAUCCCAACCAGAAGCUGAUCGCCACCCAGCAACAGAUACUGCAGCAGCAGCAACAGCAGAUGGCCCACCAGCAGCACCUGCAACAGAUUCUCAAGGCGAAGGCCGCCGCGGCCGGAGGAGCCAGCAACACAGCGGCCCUGGUGGCCAAGCACCAGCAGAAGCUGCACAAGGGCACCAGCAGUGGACACGAGUCGGAGAUGGAGGCGCGUUCCGAUCUGGAGGACGAUGACGGAGACCUGAGUCCCUCGCCGCCGGCCAAGGCCUUCCAGCGCCACAAUUCGCUGACCCGCAAGCAGGCGGCAGCGAUUGCCAUGCAGAGGGGAGCCACCAGGACCACGGCCGUGUCCCUGAUGCAACUCCCGCCGCCCCUGGAGGCGGACAGCGAUGGCGAGCCGUCGCAGCUCACGCUCCAGCGCCAGCAGGCCCAUCACCCUUCACAGACCCACCCACAUCCUCACCAGCUGCAGCAACUCCAGCAGCAGCAGCAGCAGCAGCAACAACUGCAACAGCAGCAGCAGCAACAGCCGAUGGCCGCCCACAUUGUGGGCAUGCUGCCCAGCGGACAGCUGGUGGCUGUUGCCUCUGGCGCUGUUGCUGGCGUUCCGGGCGUUGGGGCGGCUGCGGUGCAGUCGGGCAACAACAAUCUGCAGCAGCUGUGCACCGACAAUCUGGUGUUGGCGCCACCGCCGCAGUUCUGCGAUUGCAACGAUGCCAAGCACGCGCCGCAGCCGCAUCUGCCAACGAGCCAAUAUCAUCCACAGCAGCAACAGCAACAGCAGCAGCAGCAACAGCCACACCAGCAACUGCAGCAACAGCAACAGCAGCAGCAGCAGCAGCAGCAACAACUGCAACAGCAACUGCAGCAGCAACAGAUGCUGCAGAUGCACCAGCGGCUGUCCGGCGGUGCUGGCGCUGGAGCUGUGGGCACCUUGGGAAGGGUCCGCAUCGUGGGGUCCAUGCCCAAGGCCAACCACCAUAGGUUGCACUAAACUAAGCCUGGGGAAUCAAAUCGUUCAACCGUUUGCCAAAUCGUUACAUCGUUAGUUAGUGUUAGUCAACAGUCAUUGCCACUCACAACGAAUAGCUGCAACUGCCUGAAACAGCCGAAAACAUGAAUAGAGAAGACCAUUUCAGACACAACUCAGACAGAUCUGAUAUGUGGCAGUAGGAUGUUCAAAGCUCGAACUGCACUUUGUUUGAUUUCGAAAUCAUCAAUUACUUUUAUUAUAUUUAUUGCGUGUGAUAUAAAUUUAUGUAGGCUGCCCGCGAGCAGCAACUAAUCGCUAUUUGUAAUCGAACAGCAAGUAUGUAUGCAAUAUCUAAUGAUUAGUUAACCCAACCAUUGAAAACAAACUGAAAGACAGUAGCCAGAAUUUCAUUCUAGAAUUCGUUCUUUUAGUUUGCUUUCGAGCUGCACAAUGUGUAAAAUGUCAAUGCGAUCCUAGUUCGUAAUGUUGGAAGGGCGCCAGCGCCAGGCAAGUUCAUUUAUUCAGUAUCCAUCCAUUGAUCAUUCGUGUUCGUAUUCGUGUUCGUGUUCGACUAGUGCACAAAACAUUUAAACGACAUUACAUUAACAUUACUCUAAUACACAACUAGCCGUAGGUUUUAUAUGCCUAAAGAAAGCAGGGAGGCGGAAUUUGCACCGAGUAACAAUAAUAUUUGAAUUUGAGCAUUUAGCCGAAUUUCCAGUCAAGUCAAGUCAAGUAAACUAAACUAACAAAUACUAAGGGAUUAUAACGUAUAAUGUUUUUAAAUAAAAUAUUUAUAAAACGAAUAUUUCAAUAGGUGGACAAGUUUAUAAUCGAAAAGAAGAACAAGAAAAAAAUCGAAAUUGAAAACAAAACGUAAAUUUUUGCUAGUAAAAUUUACAGAUUUUUACUUUUAACAGAUUUUUUGUAUAAUUGUUUUUUUUAGACAAAACUUAAACUUGCCAGAGUAUUACAGGAGGGGAUUUAAGAUGAAGAAAUCACGUAUUGUAUUGAAAGAGGUUCUCAAAUAUUUGCCAGCGCUUAAUGCAAAUAUUGUCAUAGGCAACCCGAAACUUAUAAAUGCGUUUUCACGAGUAACAAUUAUUAUAACUAAGGCUGAUUUUAUUGCAUAAUACAUACAGAACACAGAAGAUAUCGAAACAGCAUUCGCGUACAUACUGAAUGAAUACUAACCAAGCAUUUACACUGUUUAAACAUCAACUUUUUGAGGUAUUGAAAGAAUUGGAUGGAAAUAUAAUGAAAUCGUUCGAAUUGGCAGGCCGCACCUUUAGCACUAGCAUCUAAGUGUUGAAAAGUUAGAAAACCUAAAACAAAACCAUAAACAUUAAAAUACGAGUAUAUAUUGGAAAAUUUAGCAUCUAAUUAGGUUUUAGCACACUUUUUAGUUCUCGCAAUAGUUGCUAAUUAUUUGUAAAUUGUUUUAGUUCCACCAACCACACUACAAGCGUACAUGUACACAAAUAUGAUUAGCCAUCAAGCUUGUUAUUUUUUAAGUUAAACUGCCUAGUAAACCUACGUGGAGUGCUUAGUUAAGUCAAACACACACAUGUAUAACCGCUUGCAGUUCCCAUUACCACUCGAUGGGCCUAAUACGUACAGCAGCAAUUACGAAUGUGUUGCAGACGCUAUAUAGGAGGAUUAUUGAAUAUGCGUACACCCACAUGAUAAUGUUAAACGAUUUAAGCACACACCGCCACACAUACACUUUAAAUGCAAGUAUUUCAAAUGGAAUAAUAUGGAAAUAUUAAUCAUAAGUCGUAAAAUAUGCAAUUAUGUAUUAUGAACAUGCGUAUGAAGAAUCAAUAAAUAUGAAUGAAAACUAUA